UUAAACGAGUAAUUAUGCAGCCCACAAUAAAUUAAUACAGUUUUACACAUUCAAACAGGUUCAGUUUACAAUGUGCUGAUCUAUGAGCACGAAUGCUUAUCAUCGGAAACAAGAAAAUAUGAGACGCGUCAUAUUGUUUGUAUUCUUUACACAGUAUUUACUUAAUGGGGCAUUGUAAUAUUUAUUAGCUGUAGAAUGCUCUCGGACCAACUCGUCCUAAAACUACUCAGAACGAAAAAUACAUUAUGUUUUUACAUAAUGACUUUCGCCCAGUCAUGGCCAAUCAAUCAAAGAACACGUCGACCAAAGCGCUGAUUGAAGUCUCGAGUACAGAUAACAAAAUCUCGCGAGAGUUUCCUCUUGUUCUUGCAGCUGCUGGGGGAGAGAAAGCAGCAAAUUCAGGGUGUUCAAGAUGAGUUAUGCUGAAAAGCCUGAGGAUAUAACUAAAGAUGAGUGGAUGGAAAAACUCAAUAAUGUACACAUUCAGAGAGCAGACAUGAAUCGACUCAUCAUGAACUACUUAGUAACAGAAGGAUUCAAGGAGGCAGCAGAGAAGUUCAGAAUGGAAUCUGGAAUCGAGCCUAGCGUAGACCUGGAUUCCUUAGAUGAGCGAAUAAAAAUCAGAGAAAUGAUCUUGAAAGGACAAAUUCAAGAGGGAAUUUCAUUGAUCAACAGUCUACAUCCAGAGCUGUUGGACACAAAUCGCUAUCUGUACUUUCAUCUGCAGCAACAGCACCUGAUUGAGCUGAUUCGCCAGCGGGAGACGGAAGCGGCGCUGGAGUUCGCUCAGACACAGCUGGCAGAGCAGGGGGAGGAGAGUCGUGAGUGUCUCACUGAGAUGGAGCGCACACUUGCUCUGCUUGCCUUCGACAACCCAGAGGACUCGCCAUUUGGGGACCUGCUCAAUAUGGUGCAACGACAGAAGGUAUGGAGUGAAGUCAACCAGGCUGUUUUAGAUUAUGAAAACAGAGAGUCUACACCUAAACUAGCAAAACUGCUGAAACUGUUACUGUGGGCUCAAAACGAAUUGGACCAGAAGAAAGUCAAAUACCCUAAAAUGACAGAUCUCAGCAAGGGCACAAUUGAGGAACCCAAGUAACCUUAAGAUUGGUGCAAUUGCACUGAGACUUUAAACAGGGAGACACAUGCUUUACUUCCUAUUUAUAAUCAGUCUGUGACUGGACCAUUUUUUUUGUGCAGAAGAGAGGACUAAAUAAUUCAAUGAUGUAAACUAGAUUUUAAAGUAACAACUCUGUUAAAGGCCAAAAGCUACUUUUCAAGACACCAAGAUUUAAAAUUGAUGUGUGUUGCAGAAUAAAGUUUGGGAAAUUUUUCCAAAGGAUAGUUCAUGAGUAAAAAGGUAUUGGAAAGAAAUGGGAUUUCUUUUUAAUUGUAAUUUACUGUAGUUCUUUGGAUUAAAUCUUGAUGCUUUUGGAUUUUAAUGGAACUGUUAUUAAGCAAGAAGGUCACUUUACAUUUUCAGUUUUUCAGGUGUGAUUAUAAGGAGGUGUACAUGCAGUGUAAGUGUAUUCUAAGCCUAAAUUAGGCCCCUUAAUGAGGCAUACUGCAUCCUGGCAAGCUCCAAAUGCCUCAUGUUGUAUGUGAAUAGCAUCUGUCUCUGGCAGGCUUAGGCAUAACUUAUGUUAAAAGCAUAAGAUAUAUAUAUAUAUAUAUAUAUAUAUAUAUAUAUAUAUAUAUAUAUAUAUAUAUAUAUAUAUAUAUAUAUA